UUUGUUGCUCACCCCAACUGCCAGCAGCAAUUGCUCACCAUGUGGUACGAGAACCUCUCAGGCUUACGGCAGCAGUCUAUAGCUGUGAAGUUCUUGGCUGUCUUUGGGGUCUCCAUCGGCCUGCCCUUCCUCGCCAUAGCCUACUGGAUCGCUCCCUGCAGCAAGUUGGGACGGACCCUCCGAAGUCCUUUCAUGAAGUUUGUGGCACAUGCAGUUUCUUUCACAAUCUUCCUUGGACUGUUAGUAGUGAAUGCUUCAGAUCGGUUUGAAGGAGUAAAAAAUCUCCCCAACGAGACCAUCACAGAUCAUCCCAAACAAAUAUUUAGAGUCAAAACAACUCAGUUCUCAUGGACAGAAUUGCUGAUCAUGAAGUGGGUAUUGGGCAUGAUAUGGUCAGAGUGCAAGGAGAUCUGGGAAGAGGGCCCACGCGAAUACGUGGUACACCUCUGGAACCUGCUGGACUUUGGGAUGCUGUCCAUCUUUGUGGCAUCGUUCACCGCCAGGUUCAUGGCUUUUCUCAAAGCAACUGAAGCACAACAGUACGUAGAUCAGUACGUUCAAGAUGAUGACCUCAAUAAUGUCACCCUUCCCCCUGAAGUUGCUUACUUUACUUAUGCCAGGAACAAGUGGCUUCCCUCGGAUCCUCAGAUCAUUUCAGAAGGACUGUAUGCAAUAGCUGUGGUACUCAGCUUCUCCCGCAUUGCUUACAUUCUUCCAGCCAACGAAAGCUUCGGCCCCCUGCAGAUCUCUUUGGGGAGGACUGUGAAGGAUAUCUUUAAGUUCAUGGUCAUCUUCAUCAUGGUGUUCCUGGCCUUCAUGAUUGGAAUGUUCAACCUUUACUCUUACUACCUUGGUGCAAAAUACAACCCUGCUUUUACAACGGUAGAAGAAAGUUUUAAAACCUUAUUCUGGUCAAUAUUUGGCUUAUCUGAAGUGAUAUCUGUGGUGCUCAAGUACGAUCACAAAUUCAUUGAGAAUAUUGGAUAUGUACUCUAUGGAGUAUAUAACGUGACUAUGGUGGUGGUGCUGCUUAAUAUGCUAAUAGCCAUGAUCAACAACUCCUAUCAGGAAAUUGAGGAGGACGCAGAUGUGGAGUGGAAGUUUGCACGUGCUAAGCUCUGGCUAUCCUACUUUGAUGAAGGACGGACUUUACCUGCUCCUUUUAAUCUAGUGCCAAGCCCUAAAUCAUUUUAUUAUCUCAUACUGAGAAUAAAAAUGUGCCUCAUAAAACUCUGCAAAUCUAAGGCCAAAAACUGUGAAAAUGAUCUUGAGAUGGGGAUGUUGAAUUCCAAACAACGGAAAGUUCGUUUUCACUCUAGCACUCGAAAUACAGACAUUUUUUCUGGGAAGAACGCUUAUAACAAGCCCACAAGAUAUCAGAAAAUAAUGAAACGUCUGAUCAAGCGGUAUGUACUGAAGGCUCAGGUUGACCGAGAAAAUGAUGAGGUCAACGAAGGAGAACUUAAAGAGAUUAAGCAAGAUAUUUCUAGUCUCCGCUAUGAACUUUUAGAGGAAAAGUCACAAGCUACAGGUGAGCUGGCAAGACUAAUACAGCAGCUGAGCGACAAAUUUGGGAAGAACUUAAAUAAGGACAUUUGA